AUGGUCAGUAGGAGUGAAGGUAACAUCGAUGACUCGCUCAUUAGUGCUAACGCCUCAGCUGAAGGCCCCAAUGGCGAUGGGACAGAAAGCACAGUGGUCAAUCGUGUUGAUAUUGUCAUGAACCAUCACUUUCAGGAGACCAGCUUCACCAAAGAAGCCUACAAGAAGUACUGCAUGAAAGCCUACAUGAAAUCCAUCAAAGGCAAACUACAAGAGCAGAAACCAGAAAGAGUAAAGCCAUUUAUGACAGGGGCUGCAGAACAAAUCAAGCACAUCCUUGCAAAUUUCAAAAAUGACCAGUUCUUUAUUGGUGAGAACAUGAAUCCAGAUGACAUGGUUGCUCUGCUGGACUACCGUGAAGAUGGUGUGCCCCCAUAUAUGAUCUUCUUUAAGGAUGGCUGA